AAAUCUAUAUUAAAUGCUACAUAGACGUGUCCAUGCUAGUCAAUUGUCGACAGUUCCUUCUGUGAUACACAUCAUGGAGCGUACAGUCAAACUUCUUCUUGUUGUUUUUGUACUUUGCCUGCUCGAAGCGGAAUGUUCACCACAAAUUACAGCAGGGCAAUCUACGACCACGCUAGAACAGCGAGUUACUGCACUGGAGAGAGAAAUCGGUGGACUUCAGACACAAAAUCAGCUGCUGGUGGAUUGUGUUACGAAUAUGUCGUCUGACCAGUCCGACACUGUCAAAUGUGCAAGGAAAAUCGUCACGGCAGGCAUCUCAUAUGGACGGAAUGUGAUGUUUUCCGCCCAACUGACCCACACACUGUCCAGGGUUGCUGUAAAACAAGGAAUAGUGUUUGACAGUCCUGUAACUAAUGUUGGGGACUGUUACAGCGGUCAUACAGGAGUAUUUACCUGCUGUAAAGCCGGCACCUAUGUUUUCUACUGGAGCAUUUAUACAACCGGAACACACUACGUACAAACUGAGCUGAUGAAGAACACUUCCUCCAUAGCAAUCAACCGCUCGGGUGAUGCCAACAAUUAUUCCACUGGAACUAUGAUGGUUCUGCUUCAUCUAAAUUUUGGCGAUGAGGUUUGGAUCAGAGUAAAAUCCCGAAAUCCUGCUACUUCAAAUAUUUAUGCAGACAAAUCGUCGUCUUUCACAGGCUUUUUGUUACAAUGACCAGGCAUCAAAGGAAAACGAUUUGAAGGUUCCCGCCAGAUAGCAUAUGGGCCGGAUUUAUCGUAAUUGUUCGGUGUUCUGUUACAGUAAGAAGCUCUCAUGUCUGAAUCUGAUUAAUGCUGACUUGUUCGGAUCACUUUUGAAUGGCGUAUUGAACAAAUCGACAUGUAUAUUAUACGUUUAUGAAGGCGAUUUUACGCGGUUUUUAAUUAGUGGGUACUUUAAAUCUACGAAUUUAGAGAUCAUGAAGUAAUUAUAAGUUUGACAUAAAGGUAUUCUCCGUAUGAAGGAAAAUCAUGAAAUUUGGGCCAAACGAAAAUAUAUGAUUUUCCAAUUUAUAACAUUUUCCUUUGCAGAUUGAUUCAAGCUUGAAAUAUGGAAUGUAUGGAAAGAUAACUUAAGUUAGAGGUAUCAAACAAAUUGUUUUAAUUUAACGUCAGCACUUUACCACAAUGUAGGUUAUUCUUAUAACCAUCGUACUCUCCUAAUCUUGUUUAAUUUAUUCAUCACAAAUUCUUUGAGCCUUUAUGCAGACCUCAGUUACACCCCUUGGAACACCGGGGAAAUUAAAAACAUUUUAUAUCGCCCUAUGGUUAAUACAAUGUUACUCAACCAUUGCAACGAACCUACGCCACCUCAUAUCACAAAUAUAGGUUUUAAAAUAAAAACAAUGUAUACGAAUGUACAUCUUGACUUCGUUUGUAUCAUGAGUUUUUAUACAACCUCUACGUUGCAGUGUUUUAAAACGUUUGCCUAGGGGUUUUACCGCUUAUAAGCCCGAAGACCCCUCCAGAUAGACCAUGCUAUUGUAAAAUCGAGAAUUUUUUUUAGUGAACCAUACAAUACCUUGUCUAUCCGGAACAAAUCGUACAAAUCCGGGACAUACCGUUUGAAAUCCGUAAUUUAAACCUCGUGAUCUAUGUCUUUAAAGGAUUUGAUUUAGCUGAUAACUUAAUUAUGAGACCCAUUCGAAUAACUCACACUUUUCAAACCGGGUAAAACCGUUAGUGAACCAUACUAAACCUCAUCAAUCCAGAUAAAAUCUUACAAAUCCGGGACAAACCGUUAGAAAUCCGAAACUUAACUUCGUGAUCUCUGUCUUUAAAGGACUCAAUCUAAACAUAUCUCUGGCAGAUCUUUAGCUCAAACCUACAGUUGCCUCCAAUUUCCAAUAUUGUUCUGACGUUGGCGUUAUUACGGUGGUUUAUAAGGGUCUAGACAAUUAUAAUGUCGAUGAAAGGUAUAUAGAUAUAUAAUAUACAUAUUUGUCAACUUAAAGGUCAAUUCGUUUACUUGUUUUUUGACGGCUUGUUGAUAUUAAAAUACAUGUCAACAGAAAUAAAUCCUCUUCUUUACGAAGUUUUCUACAAUUUAUGCUCAAUUUUAUUUUAACAUAGUACAAUUAAAUCGUGUAUAUAUAACAUAUUCAAUAACAACUUUAUACCCUUGUACACCUCCAUAUUUUAUGGAUAUACCUAAGGAAGUUCCUUUUUCCGGAUUGAUGACUACAAAUGUACGAUUUAAAAUUGUAUUGUGUAUUUGUUUGGGCUUUAAUGUCCUUGCAACAGCCACGGUCAGACAAAGACAGGGGCCUAGAGUGUUGGGUUCGGUUUGGUUUUAUUUUGUUUCGCGUCCUUCUAACAACUAAAAUCAUUGAAGGAUGUGCCUCCAGGUGUGUUGUGUAUGUGUGCAGGAGACAGUGUAUGUUGGGGUACUUGCCUCGUUGUGAUAGCGCUGAUCUGAUGCCGACUUUUAAGUGCUAUCCCACUGAAAUACCAUACCAAAGGUACCAAGCACAGCCAGGCCACAUUAUACUGACAACGGUUGAACAAGUUGUUGCCAUUACCCCUAAUGUUAAAGGGAAAACAAACGUGAGGUAUUUCCAACCAAGGCACUAGGAAAUAAAAGGUAGUUAGAAGUAGAGAGAAAUAUUAAGAUCCCAAAUAUUGCAAUUGGUGCAGCAGAUUUAUAUUUAUCGCUUUUGUGUCCUCAAGUAUAGGGCACAAAAAACAAAUCCUCCCAAUAUGCAGGGGGUUUGCUCAUAAGUCGCCUCUCACGAUACCUACAGUUGUUCACAGCAGGUGUAUUCGUUUCUCGAUCCCAAACCUGCAGGGGUGGGCCUGGACAGACAUCACCUGAGAGGAAAGAAACCAGGCAGGGGGAAAAGGAAAAGACAAAGAUCCCAAGUGUACCAGCGGAUCAAGUUUAGUGUCAUCCAUUUCCCCUACGUAGAAGACUCUGAAAACCCUCGAAUCUGCAGGGGACCACACAUUAACUACCUUUUACGUAACACGUACAGCGGGAUACAGCAGGUUCAUUCUUGGUUUCUGCAAUUACCCUCAAUAAAAAUUAGGAAUUAGAAAAACUAUUUGUCAGUAUAAUGUGACCGGGCGGAAUGCUGUGCUUGGUGCCAUCGACAUGGUUUUUCAGUGAUAAAGCACCUCUAAAGUCGGCAUCAGAUUAAGAAAUCACAGGGAGGCAAUUUCACGCAUAUACCCUGCAUCCAGCACACUUACGUACAAGCAUGCAUACACAACACACAUAAAGACACGUCCAUAAAUGACCUUAGCUGUU